UCAAAAUUCAAAAGAGGAAACCAGAACGUACAGAAGAUUAAAAAUUUGAAUAAUUGCAAAAAUGACAUCUCUCAGAGAUUGGAAAAAUAGCCUCAGAUGUAAUGAGAAACUUUCACCGAAAAGCAAAAGUAGAACUGCUUUCAGCUGUAGUGAAAAAAAUUUGGUCCGAAAUUCCGCUAAGCCGUCCGGUAAUCAACACGCUUACGAUAGAUUUGAAGUGAAAAAGAAAAGCAAUACCAUGCUGAGAAUCAAGAAUUGCAACGAUAUUGCGGCCGAUGCGGUGGGUACGACAACGACCGUUGCUUUAACCGGCUCCGAUUCGCCAAUCGCACGACCCCGUGAUUGCCCAGAGGAGGAGUCGCAUGAGUUGGACAUUUCUCAGGAUUAUUCCACAUACCUCAAGGCAUUCGCUUUGAUAUACGUGCUGCCCGAAGAGGAGUGGAAAGCCGAGAAUAUCGAUAAGCUGCUAGUUGAGGGCGAGGAGCUAUUCCAGGCUAGUUCGGCUACGGAAGUUACAGAUGGUCUACGUAAGGCGCUGUCCUCCAUCUAUACCAGCGUGGAGCAGCGCAUCAAGCGCAGCUUCAAGCUGGAGGGACACAGUUUCACACUGGAGCUGAGGCCCAGCUAUUUGGGCGAUUCCAGCAAGCCGGCCGAUCUGCGUCCUCCGCACAUUAUGAAGCAUCUACGAGAAGUGCUGCGCGCCUUCUUCCGAAAGGCUCACUAUUGCCUGCUCCAGCACAAGGCGGGAUGUCUCCUGAUUUGGCGGCGACGCAAUUUGUAUUUUAUGAUGGAUGUGAAGGGACGUCGGCCCGAUGACUUGGCCAAUGCUCGACCUCAUGUUGCGAUGUUGAUUUGCCUAAAGACCCUGGAUAAUGUCUUCCACUUGGCGAGCAAUUUGAGUGGCGACGAUCCAAACAAUGCAUUCAACAUCCGUGAGCUGGCUGUGGUGCGACUGGUGACACCAGAUGGACGCACCUUUCUGCGGGAUACCAAUCAACGGGCCCUCGAAUAUCAUGUGAUCAACAACAGCUAUGCCUUUCUCAAGAGCAAUCUGCAUCUCUCUCUCAAUCCGGAGGCGACGUUGCACAAUGGUAGCAGUGUAAUUCUGGGCGUGGCCAGCAUAAUAGCCGCCCAGAUCGAUCAUCCGGCAUCGUGGAACACGUACACCUUCGACCGACUGAUCUGCUAUGGUGUUGAGCUCUGCCGCAGUUGCUGGUGCGCAAAUGUGAGGAAUCGCUUGCCAAUUAACUUGUGCAAGUUUCCCACACAGUUGCGCCUUGGACAAUUUGUUGCGGAGAUUAAGCUGUUGCCGCAAAUCGGUCGUGGAAGAUGGCGUUGUGGUCUAUCAACUCAGGGCAACGCUUUCGACUAUGAGAUACGUAGAGUCCUGAGAGACUAUGGCAACGCCCUGUUUCAGAUCAGCAACCAGAUCUACGCAAUGUGGUGCAAGGACAACUUUUACUAUUUACUAGAUCCCUACAGGCAUAUUGUGGUCAGUCCGCAAGCGACGAAAAAUGCCAUGAAAUUGGAGAAGUGGGCGACGGUGCGAAUGUUUCGUGAUUUGUGUGGCAUGCUAAAUGUUUUCCAUCAACUGCUGAAGGAGUCCAAUCGCCAUGCACCGUUCUAUUUGCAUGUCGUGCGCAUCAAGAAUAUAGCGAAAUGCCCGCAUGGAUAUGCGCUGAAGCCGAAGGCCGAGGAUGCGUAUUGUGAGUUAAAGCCAAUCAACGAGCCCAUUGACUUUCCCCAACAGUUGGGCAAGUGCGCCCGCCAGCUGGCCGAGAUUAGCGAUUUCGAGCCGGAUGUGAUCAGCACCACAGAGGAUGCAACCGAGUUGGAGAACCUGAAGCUCGUCCCUGGGCCGGAACGUGCCAUCGAGCCGGCGGAGGAGGUUGGCUUGGAAAAAGUACAGGUGGAGGUGGAGACUAUAAAGCCAGCUGGAUUCAGGCGAGACAUAGACAAUGAAAAAACCAAUUUCGAUAAGAAGGGAGGGGGAGUAGCAAAUACGAAAGCAAAUUUUCAGACACAAAUGUCCAAAAAGCCUAAAAUGGCAAUAUUAGCGGCUGCAGCAUCCCUCAAACCGCCUAAAGUUCCACCUAGCACCAAGCCACCACGAAAUGAAGGCGGCUUAGAUCAACUCGUUGCGCCCGUUGCCCGGCGAAUGGCGCCGAGAAUGAAGCGCAAAGGCUUUCAGGCUGACACGGUAUCGACACUGGCCAAAAAAGUGAAGUCCAGGGCAUCGCAGGAGCAGGAGCAGGAGCAGCAGGUAAUGGCUGACAAAUUUUCGAAACUCGAUGCCAAAAUGUGUGCCAAGUAUUUGCCCCUAAGACUGAGCAAACUCAAGCGCUCCGAUUGCAGCCAGUGCGACGAGUCAAAGUGCAAGGAAAGUGAUAAUAGCCAGAGCACCAAGCCAAAUAGCGAGGUAUCUGGCCAAAGUGCAACCAUCCAGUAUCCUGUCUAUACCAAAUAUCCUUUUAAUUUGACUGUCGCUGGCUCCGAGAGCGGCACCGUUGAGAGCCUCAACCGUCUGCUGGACUCCGCCUUCAAGGUAACAAAUCGCGUGCUGGCCAUCACGCCGUGGGGCAACUAUGUGGUCUUCAAGCAUGCAACGAAUCAGAUGUUAGAGUCGACCAUGUUUUAUGUAUUCGAUGGCUGCACCUGCAACAUCGAUCGCUUCCGGCACUUGGAUCUCAGCCAUGGCACCGCCGGCCUCUUGGCCUUUCAAAGCCAAUCCGAGGUGGUCUGCUAUAUGAUUGAUUCACGCGAAACGCGAGCCCUGAAAUCGUUGCACGUCCAAAUGGAUCAGACCACUACAAAAUGUGAAACGUUUCCAUGUCGUGGCACCUAAUAUACUAGAUGCAUGAAAAUUACUUUUAAUUAUGUUUUGGAUGCUUUUAAAAUGACCAAAUUUCUCGUAAACACAAUAUCAUAUGGUAAAUAGUAUUAAAAUUUUAACAUUCCUCUGAA